UUCGCCGACCAGGCUAAGUACCAGGCGCACGCGCAGCGCCACAAGCCGCUGGUGCGCGACGCGGCGCGCCAUCAGUGCGAGAUGUGCAUGAAACCCUUCCGGCGGCCAAACGUGCUGCGUGCGCACAUGAAGAAGGCGCACGACCGCGUGCUGGCCAGCCCGGCGCGCGUGAUGAACAACAAGCCGCGCUCCUUCCAGUGCCACCUGUGCCGGCGCGGCUUCACGCGCCAACAGACGCUCAAGGCGCACGUCCAGCGCGUGCAUGAAGCGGCCGAGCCGGAGCCGGAGCCGGACCCGGUGGCCGAGCCAGAGCCGGAGCCAGAGCCGGCCCCCGUCGCGGACUACGCUCCGGCCGCUUGUCCCAACACGCAGGAGCUGGCUCACGCGCCCUUCCUGCUGGCCUUCCCGCACUAUACGUUCUGAGGAGCGCGAGCGCCGGUGGAAACAGCUCCCUCCAUGACGACGGGCCGCGCGGGCUCGUGACAUGGGCUGACUGGUGUAGUUAUUCGUGUCGCGCGACACUGUCUAAACGUGAAUGGUAUGUUCCAGUGGUUUUCUACAUGUGUACUGGAGUGCGGGCACCCGCCCCUCGGCAUCAGGAGUGACUCAUGUCGCAUUCGUUUCGACCUCGGGCUGCUGGAGACUGGAAACCGUCGCCUUCUGGCGGUCUCUGCCAACUUUGUGAUCUCUGACAGGCUGCUUUGGACGGAUUGGAUUUGGAUUGCGAUUAGUAGAGGUCUAGGACUGUGAUGCAUUAGUGUCGUCUUGACCGGGUGUAAGUCGUCCAAUGCCGUACCAGAUAACUGUUUCGGGCUCAGAUCGCCCAGCGCUGUGAGGUAGAUCAUUGGCUGAGCAGGUAAUAUGCAUAAACGGGGGCGUCGCGUCGGCACUAUGUAGGUUCCUAUGCUGUCAUCCAGUCCGAAUAAAUUCAGAUGACGCGUUGAUUAGCGCACGCGUGAGCCCGGUCAUAGUGCUUAGGCCGUAUUUAUUGGUGAUGGGAACGUUUGUUGGUAUUGCGUCCUCCAUAAAGGAAUCCUCUGGUCUGAAACGGAAAAUUGAUGGCCACGUCUUUACGUUUACGACCACUGUCCUGCGAUGUGUGCCAACAAAACUGAUGUGGUGUGCGAUGUACUGUAAUUGUGUUGCCGUUCAAAGAGUGGUGUUCAGUCACGUGACGAAUCUCACCGACGUACGUCUCUGGGAUGAAAUGAACGCAUUUUCGCAAUUCUGAAUUGCCUUCUCUGAAAUAUGUCGUUUGUACUUGGCAGUGGCAGCUCACUUAAAUUUAG